UCGAGGAUGUUGUCGUCAACUACAUGGGUGCCAAGAGGGUUUGCCUCCGAGUUUCCGGAGAAAUAUGAGCUGGACGAUCAGGAGAUGGAAAGAAUCAACAAGCUGGCACAGCUGGAGAUUGAAGAUGCGCAGGAGGGUAUUAAAGCAUUGGAGGAGGACGGUGAAGUUGAGCCUGAAGAAGCGGAAGUACAGGCUGCCAAGCUGACCACGCAGAUCGAAUUGGAUGAUGACUUGAAGGAGUACGAUUUAGAGCACUAUGACGAUGACGUUGAUGAGAAUGGUGAACCUGUUACGAUGUUCCCAGGGCUCAGAGAUGACGUUGAGUUCCACGAAGGUGAAGAAGGUGAAGACCCAUACAUCACCUUACCUAACGAGGAGGAGGUCAACGAAGAGAAACUGGAGUCGCAAGUGUACCCAACCGACAACAUGGUGCUGGCUACAAGAACUGAGGAUGAUAUCUCGUACUUGGACGUUUAUGUCUACGAUGACGGUGCAGGUGCUCCGCAAGGUGCUGAUGAGGAAGAAGAGGACAAGUUGGACCCUGAUGUGGCCAAUGGCUUACAAAGAGGCUCUUCUCUUUAUAUCCACCACGACUUAAUGCUUCCAGCGUUCCCAUUGUGCGUCGAGUGGAUAAACUACAGACCAAACAAGGACACAGAGGACAACGUUGGCAACUUUGCUGCCAUCGGUACAUUUGAUCCACAGAUUGAGAUUUGGAACUUGGAUUGUAUUGAUAAGGCAUUCCCUGAUGUGAUCCUAGGAGAGCCUUCUUCUAACUCUUAUAACAAUAUCAAGGCUAAGAAGCAGAAGAAGAAGAAGUCCCAGCAUGUCACUACGCAUCACACAGAUGCAGUGCUUUCUCUUGCACAUAACAAGUUUCACAGAAAUGUGUUGGCAUCAACAUCGGCAGAUCAUACCGUGAAGCUUUGGGAUUUGAAUCAAGCCGUUGCAGUCCGUUCUAUUGAUACAAUCCACUCAAAGAAGAAUGUUUCUUCUUCACAGUGGCAUCCGGAGGAUGGUGCCAUCUUAUUAACCGGUGGUUAUGAUAGUCGUGUCGCUGUAUCUGAUGUUAGAAUCACAGAUGUUAAUGAAAUGUCCAAAUACUGGUCCGUUGGUGCUGGAGAAGAGAUUGAAAACGUUUGUUGGAGUUCAAACGAACAAUUCGUCGCAGGUACUGACCAAGGUAACGUCUAUGCAUUCGAUAUCAGAAAUGAAUCCAAACCUCUGUGGACUUUACAGGCUCAUGAUGCUGGUAUCUCCUCUUUACAAGUUAACUCGUACAUUCCAGAUCUACUUGUGACCAGUGCUAUGGGUGAAAAGGCUAUUAAGUUAUGGAAAAUCCCAACAACAGCCACCUCCAGUGGUAAAGGUCCGUCAAUGGUGUUAUCCAGAGACUUUGGUGUUGGUAAUGUACUUACUUCUUCCUUUGCACCAGAUAUCGAGGUUGCAGGACAUGUUGUUGUUGGUGGUGUUAACAAGGGGUUGAAGAUGUUUGAUGUGUUCUCAAACAGAGCAGUUAGAACAGGCUUCAAGGAGUCCUUAAGAGAAUUGCAAAAGCGUGCUAGAGAACAGGCUAAGGAGAAUGGAAGAGCUUCCAGAAUCGCCAGAAAGUACCAAGAAGGUUAUGAAGAGGCCGUGCUGGAGGUUGAAAGUGAUGGGGAGAAGAGUGAAGAUGAAGACGAUGAAGAGGUCAUGGAGGAGUAA